UUGGAAGACGAGCGCCAGAAGCGGGUCCAGGAGUUGCAGCAGAGGAGGCGCGAGAAGGACCACAAGAUUGAGCUCCAGUUCCAGGAGAAGGAGAAGGAGCGCCAGGAGAUGGCCACUCAGAAGGCGCUGGACAGACAGUCGCGUCAGUCAGCGAUGAACGCAUUGUACGCCCAGAAGACCGAAGAGCUCCAGAAGAAGAUCCAACAGAAGUACGACGAGAGCGCGCGUCGACACGAAGAGACUUUGACACAAAUCCGUCAAAAAGCUCUGGAGCUGUCGGUCCGCAAGUCCUCGACGGUGGGCAACGACGACGCGCCCGUAUGCGAGCCCUACGACACCUGCAAACUGUGCCAAUUGUGUCAAGUGAUCAUCAAAUCGGAGGUCUUCCUCUUCGGCCACUUAAGAGGAAAGCGACACAACGCGGCCAUCGCUGAGCAAAAUGGCGGAAAAGUGCCGUCAAAUGAAGAGUUGGAGAAUUUCAACAUCAAAUACAUAGUGGAAGCGCCGGUAGACUCGGCCGACAAGAAGUCGGCGAUACAGUCGUGCGAUAACGAGCGGCUCCGGGCGGCCCUGGUCUCCAAAGCCGUACAGACGUCCAACAAGAGUAAAAUCACCAAAUUGUUUAAGGACUUGUCAGCGCUGAGCGCCGACACCCAAAUCACUGGCCACUGGCCGACAAACAUGACUCACAGUCUGGAGCGUAAUCUCAAUGAGUUGGAGAAACUGUUCCGUAGCAACAGUAGUGCCAGUAGUGGCCGCCCGACCACCGGUGCCGCCGAUUCCCUAUACUUUCAUUGGCUAAAUGGCAUCCAAUUGUUGACCAAAAUGUUGUCCCGGAUAAUGAACGGCACCCGAGAGAGGCCCACAUCGCUCACCGACCGGUCCAACGCUAAGUUGGCCGCACUUUACGAACUGGUCUGCGGUCAGCACUUGGAUGUGGCCGACUAUGUCCUGCAGUCCCAACACGUGAUCGAUUUGUUGGACAUUCUGUGCCAUCGGAUCAAUCUAUUGGACACAACUCUCACGAGUACUAGUAGUGGCGGAAUCACAACUCAGACAUGCGAUAUAGUGGUCGGAGCCCUGUGUCAACUCCUGUCCACCAUUUUUGACACACUUCACGGCCACUACUCGACGCUCACCGACAGUACCGACGAUAGUCUGGCUUUCAAUCACAUCAUUCAAGACGUGAUCAGUUAUAUAGUAUCGGUCGGUAUGAUUGAUAAGCUCUCACUAAUGAUGGCCAACACUCGGGGCCCCGUCGACGACAACCCGGAGCUGACCCAAUGCCUGCGUAGUGUUGUCUCCCUCUUCAGCGCAGUCUCCAAACUGUUGGCACUUCGAGUGGAGCACAGGUUCGGCGCCCGUCUCGCCGACGACGACACACAACUGAUGCUCACGUUUCAGAUGACACACAUCGGCGGUGUUGUGUCCCUCAUCUACGGAGUGCUCCUCCACUCGGGUGCGCCUCAAAGGGCUGACGGCGAU